AAAGGCUCCAGCCUCUCUCUCUCGGUGGAAUUUUCGAAAGCUCCCCUGCGCGACAAGAAAGCCGACAGGGCAGGCGACGUUGUUGCAACGGCAAAACCACACAACAUUCGAGCAGGCAGACCAACAGCCUAGAAGUCCCACACCGCGCCCUGCUCUGCUCUGUCCUUGCCAUCCAUCCGGAAUGAACGGCGAUAACUACUCUCGAGACGGAGGCCGUCAUGGCUCUUCCGGGGAACAUCGGUCUUCGAGGGCCGACCGCGAUGAUCGUCGCGACCGAGACCGAGGCGACCGUGAGCGAGGCGACCGCGACCGCGGCGAUAGAGAUCGGGGCGACAGGGACCGCGACCGCGAUCGAACUAGGCGUCGGUCCCGUUCGCCAGACUACCGUGGCGGCGGGCGCUCAUCCCGUCGCGACGCCGGGGGUGAGCAGGAUUCAUACUCGAUGAGCCGGAGCCACCGGGACCGUGAACGCGAGGACCGCCACGGCGGCCGAGAUCGCCGCGAGCGGGACUGGGAUCGGGAGCGUCCCGGUGCCUCCCGACGCGACGCGCGCCGCGAUGACGACGACAGACGUGGAGACAGAGACAGGGGAGGUGACGCCUACGCCGACCGCCGCGGCGGCGGCGGCGGCGGCGGAGGCGGCCGUAGAGGCGAGAGGGAGGAGCGUCGCCGAAGCGCUACUCCACCGCCUAAGAAGCGGGAGCCGACCCCGGAUCUCACCGAUGUGGUUCCGAUUCUCGAACGCAAACGUCGCCUCACGCAAUGGGACAUCAAGCCCCCCGGCUACGACAGUGUGACGGCCGAGCAAGCAAAGCUUUCGGGCAUGUUCCCGCUGCCCGGCGCACCACGCCAGCAGACGAUGGAUUCCAAAUCACAGUCGUUUGGUCACCGCGACGGUGGCCGUGAUGGUCGUGAUGGUGGUCGUGAAGGUCGCGACGGACGUGACAGCCACCGCGACGGCCACAGAGAUGGUGGCCAUCGGGAUGGUCACCGCGACGGCCACCGCGAGGGAGGAGACCGGCAAAACAGCAAUGUCACCUUGAAGCCGACCAACUCGAGGCAAUCGAAGCGAUUGAUCGUAACCAACUUUGCGCCUGGCACCACGGAGGAGGCGCUUGUCGCCUUCAUGAACCUGCAACUCAACGGGCUCAACGUCAUCGAGAGCACCGACCCCUGUCUCUUGUGCCAGAUGGCUCCCGACUCAUCUUUUGCCAUUCUCGAGUUCCGCAGUCCUGCCGAAACUACUGUCGCCCUCGCCCUCGAUGGCAUCACUAUGGAAGCCGAGGACACGCCGAUGGAAGGUGCCGCCAACGGUACCCCGCAGGGUCUCGAGCUGCGCCGUCCCAAGGACUACAUCGUUCCUGCCGUCGUCGAGGAUACGGGAUAUGAGCGUGGUGUCGUGUCAUCUCGCGUCGUCGACACCCCACACAAGAUCGGCAUCACAAAUCUUGCGCCAUACUUGACGGAGGAGCAAGUGACUGAGCUGCUCGUGUCUUUUGGCGAGCUCAAAGCGCUGGUCCUUGUCAAGGACAGCGGCACCGAGGAAUCCAGGGGCAUUGCGUUCUGUGAAUAUGUCGACCCCGUCGCUACUGACGUCGCUAUACACGGUCUCAAUAACAUGGAGCUUGGUGAGAAGCGUCUUCGGGUGAAGAAGGCCAGCAUCGGCAUCACACAAGUGUCAGGUAUUGAGAUGGGAAUCAACGCCAUGUCCAUGCUUGCCGGCACCGUUGCCCAGGACCCCGACCUCAGCCGGGUCCUCCAACUACUCAACAUGGUCACGGCGGACGAGCUGCUAGACAAUGACGAUUACGAAGAAAUCUGUGACGACGUUCGCGAAGAGUGCUCCAAGUUUGGCACCAUUCUCGAGCUUAAAAUCCCUAGACCCAGCGGUGGUGCCAGGCAGUUGGCAGGCGUCGGCAAGAUCUAUGUCAAAUUUGAUACCAUCGAGUCUUCGACGGAAGCGCUCAAGGCGCUGGCGGGUCGCAAGUUUGCUGACAGGACCGUUGUGACUACGUACUUCCCAGAGGAAAAUUUCGAUGUUGGCGCUUGGUAAUCGUAUUUGUUGAUGGGCCGGUUGGCGUCGCGCAACAUGUGGUUUAGCGGGCGGUAUAUGGGAUAUACGGAGAGCUUGUGCUAGGUCUGGAGAUGGUCAAGACGCGUAGCAGAACCCUACAAGAGGAUCCCUGACAUCCCGAGCUUCUGCUAUGACACCUCUUCUUGUGUAUUUGGAACUGUACAAAAGCGCAGGGCUUAUUUCAUCGCAGCCCAGUCUGAUCUUUCUUUUUGCUGUCGUUCUAUCGACUAACUUGGCGACUCGGGGUCUUGGAAGUGACGGCGGUAUAAAAUUGCAUUGAUGGCACCAGACAAGCGAAUCGAAAACUCCAGCGACAGACAUAGGGUCAGAGGUGUAUAAACGCACAACACUCAAGUCGAGUGAUCUCGUGGGAUACACAUUUCGCCAUCAGGCGACAAGCAAAUCCAUAACGGAAUAUACUAUUAUGUAUUCAAGUUGACGCGGAGCACUGAACUGCAGAGUUGUAUUUAAUUUAUUGCUAGGGACGUUUCGUUACGACGGCUCGUCCUACCCAUACUCAUCUAUCCUGCCACCAGCACAUU